AUGGCAAAUAACAUUGAUGCUGAAAAUAAUACUGAUACCGCCAAUAUUGGCGUUACAUCCGCUGCUCCAGCCCCAGUUGCACUUCCAUAUGCCAGGUCUUUUCCAGAUGUGUCAAUUAUUGAAAUUUUUGCCAAUGAAAAUUUCAAAUGUUGGCAAGAACGUAUUUUCUCACUGCUUGAUGUCCAUGGUGUUGCACAUGCACUGCUGCAUCCACAACCUAGUGCAGACGUUGAUAAUAAAAUAGUGGAAUCAUGGCAAUAUGCCAACAAGGUAUGCCGUCAUACAAUAUUGCAAACUAUUUCUAAUGAACUGUUUGACGUGUAUUGCAGUUAUAAAGAAGCAAAAGCUAUCUGGGAAGCUUUAAUUAAAAAAUUCACUACUGAAGAUUCUACAAAACAAAAAUUUGUAGUAGGAAAAUUUUAUCAGUGGCAGAUGAGAGAUGAUAAAGAGAUGAACAUACAAAUCAACGAAUUUCAAAAAAUGUUAGAAGACUUGAAGGCCGAGAGGGUGCCUUUACCAGAGAAGUUUGUUGCUGGAGUUCUAAUUGAGAAGCUGCUUGACUCAUGGAGUGACUACAAAAACAACUUAAAGCACAAACAGAAAAAUUUCACCAUUGAGGAAAUUGUGACCCACAUCCUAAUUGAAGAUUCCAACAGAAAAGAAUCUGCCAAAGCUAGGAUGACAGCUCUCAAAGCAAACUUAGUGCAAAACAGCAACAACAACCGCAAAAGGUACGAGAAUAAGUCUCAAGGUUGCAAGCCUAAAAAUCCUAACCUUAAAAGGAAAAAGGGCUCUUGUUUUGUUUGUGGAAAACCAAGCCACCAUGCCUCACGGUGCAAGUACAGAGAAAGAAAUGACAAAGAAAAAACUAAUACUCAUACGGCUAACUUAGCUGAAGGAUGUGAUAUUAUUGCAGCUGUCAUUUCUCAAGUAAACAUUGUAGCACAUGCAAAAGAAUGGGUGAUAGACUCUGGGGCUACUCGGUACAUUUAUGCAAAUCGAGAAGCAUUUUCCUCUUAUACUCCUCUAGAGGAUGAUAAAGAAGAAGUCUACCUUGGAGACUCAUGUACUACCAAAGUCUUGGGCAAGGGUAAACUUCUCCUGAAACUCUUUGGGAAAAACUUUAGCCCUUGUUGA